UACCUAUUAAUAAAUAUUGACUUUUUAUACUUUUAACUUUUAUGUCAUACUUCGGGGAUCAGAAGUUUGUGCUUUGGUUUCAGCGCUGUUUAUUAAUUAUUUAACUCAAACAUUGUCCGUAAUAACUACUAAAAGUAAAAAAAACAAAUUUAAAUACAAAUCACAUGUAACUGUAACAACAGUAACAAAUGUUAAAUGUGUAUUGAUAUUAUAUAUUCUAUCAAAGUAUGUCAUACAUGGAUCGUAAACGGUUAUAAUCUAGGGCGCCCGUAGAGGGGUGGCGAGGGGCCAUGCCCUCCCGCUGUUUUAGUUAAUAUUAAUUGUUUUAUAAAUGUUUUAUUACUAGUAAAAAAACAAAUAAAAAAUAUGUGAUGUAAUAUCAGAGACUUUUGACUUUGCCUCCUCCCCACCUGGCCUAUACUUCUGAGGGCGCCCUUGGUUUUAAUAUCAGUGAUUCGAUAGAUACAUAGAUUAACAACGGAAUCGGUUAGUGGAGCUUGGGGACUUUUUUUUUACAGCGUAACAAGCUAGGUUAGGUGUUUAAAUUGUCUGUUUCUUUCUUUCUCGCAUCAGCCAAAUGAGUAUUAUAUUAAAUGUUUCAUACGUUAUUUUAAUACGCAAAUAAGGACUGUCCAUAUUAAUAGAGUCUAUAUUCUAUCAUUAUUAUUUAUUACUCUGUAAAAUGAAUAGGCACUUAAUGCACAAAUUCACAAGACUUAUUGUUUUUUUUUGUUAUUCAAUAUUAAAAAAAUAUUUUGUUAUUAUUGUUAAGUGACGUGGACAUUUUCUCCCCAAAUUCACUACAUUUCGUAAGACAAUGAUGUAUUUGAAUACGGAAAAAUAAAUAAAAUUUGCUAUUGGCAUAGUAUGGAAUAAAUCGCGAACUCUACGCUCACAGUUUCUAUGGUAACGAACGGUUUUUACCGUCACUACUGUAGAUCAAUACUAUAUACUCCACUCUACCUACCUACUAUACUACCCUUGAUUAUUCCAUGCAGGUCUUACGUUGUUUACUUUAUUUUCGCAUUAUCUCGUCGUCUGUUGAACACAUUUGUUCGAUACCGCCUGUAUUAUUGCGUUUUGUUUUGUUUUUUUUCGCGAAAUAUGUGAUUAGUGUUAAAUAUAGGCACAUCAAUUAUGAAUAAUACGAAUAGAUGUUACUAAAUAUCGUGUUACACUUACUGUUUACAAACUUAAAAGCUUAGUUUUUUUAAAGUUUAAUUAAGCUCAAAAGUCGCGUUCAUAGAUCAGAAUGCAUAGUUUUGGUUUGCAGUCAGCUUUGGCGAUUCGCCGUCAACGUAAGAGACGAGCAGAACUUAAACGUCACAUGGAAAGACGUCGCUUAAGUUCUCAAUCGAUAGAAAGUGGUAUUCAUGGUUCUAAAUCUACAGUGACAAGUCCAACAGAAUACCAUGGAUCAGUUGGUAGCCUAUCACAAGGGCCAAGGAGAAGGAAGAGACCACCUAAAAUGCUCGAUACUAAAGUUGCUUCUAGCAUAGGCAUGCUUCAUGUUGGUGUAGUUUUUCUAGUUUUGGGUCUAUUUUUAAUCGGGUCUGGCAUUAUACCUGACGAUUAUGUUUCAUGGGGUUCAAAAAAUUGGGUUAAUGAACUUGUAAUAACUGGUAUAACUUCAAGUAUAAUUGGAAUCUUUUUGAUUGUGUUGAAUCAUUUCAUAACCCGCAAAGCAGAAUCAGAUUUAGCUGCGUACGUGGAACGCCAAUUGACCAGAACAAGAUCAGGUAGAAGACUGGUACCAGAUGCAGAAACUGGUGCUAUGCAUACAAAACAACAGUAUAAAGCAAGACAGCAGGGUCAGAGUCAGAGUCAACAGCAAAAUUCUCCUGGUUCAGAUCUUGAUCAAAUAGCUGAAGAAGAAGCCUGUGGUUCAGAGUAUAGACCUGUUGAUCAAUAUAAUAAUCUUGAAACAGAGAGGCAGAAUCCAGGCAGAUCACAUAAUGCAUACAAUAGGGAAUUAUUGGUAACUCGGUGUUAUGACACAACUGAAACAUAGUAAGUUUUAACAAAUUAACUCAAUAAGUAGUUAAAAAAAAAAAGCCGUUAUGAAAAUAAAUUACUUUUAAGAAAUUUAAUUUAAAUUUAAAAAUUAUUUACAUUUUAAAUUAUAUUUAUUUUAUUUGCCUGUUUAUGAAUGACUAUAUACAUUGACUUCCUUAAUUACCUAAUAUUUAAAUAUUUAAUUAACCUAACCUAUAUUUUAUACUUGUAAUUUGAUAUUUUUAUACUAUUUAGUUGACUUUUGUAGUUUUGUGUUUAAAUAUUGUUAAUUAACUAUAAAUGCACAUCACAUCUAGUAAACUGUCAACUUUUUAUUGAUAAAAAAAAAAUAUUGUACGUAUUGAUUUGCUUGUAUUAUACUAUUUUUGGUUUGAAAAUUGAAUUGUCAACUUAAAAAUACCCUUAACUGUGAAAUCACUAGCCUAAGUUAUACAAUUUUUAAUUUUUGUUAGGAAAAAAUGAUAAGCAAUUAAUAUAUUAUUACAAUUAGUUAUUGUUUUUGUUUUUGUUUUUGUUAUGUUAGAAAAAUUUGUUAAGUAAUUUAAAUCAUUGAAUCAAUAAUCGUAUCAUAAUACUACUAUGGAGUUAAUUUUAUAAUAAUUAUUUAUGAGUAUGUAUAAUGUAUAUUAAAUAUUUCAUGAAGAAUUUCUUUUGGAAGACUGAAAAUAUUAAUUUACGUUCCACCUUUAGUUAAAACAAAUAUUUUUUUGCAAAUCAUUGUACUUUUCUUGCUCAACACUUUUCUUGAUUUUAAAUUAUUCAAAAUAAUACACCGGGGAUCAAAGAAGUAUUAAUUGUUUUAAGUUAUGCUAUUUAUUAUACAAUUAUGAUCAACACCACUUUAAAGAUUAAAACUUAUUGUUUCUAUGGUUUUAAUUUCCAUAUAAAUUAAUUUGGUUAAUGUUUAGUGAAUUUACCUCUGUGUUCAUAACUAUUAUUUGGUUUGAACCAUGUUCUUGACUUGAAUGAAAUAACUUGCACUGUGAUUUUUGUGUUUAUAUAUCUAACUAAUGAUAAUUAUAAGGCAUAUAUUAUGUAAUAAUGCAUUGAAUAUUAAAUUUU